AUGGAAGGACCAGAACUACCUGGGUUGUUGGUAAAUGAAGUAGGUGGCAUACUUGGGAUCUUGGAAGCACACUUGCCAUUUCUGAAGAAGCACUUUCAGCUGAUCACCAUGGAGGAAUUCCUUGAGAGCAAAGAACGUUUCAGUGCCAAAGUCAAAGCUAUUUACGUCUGGUGGCAUAAACCAGUCAUUGAUCGGGAACUUUUGGACAGCCUGCCUCACUUGAAAGUGAUCGCAAAUUCAGGAAUAGGAAUGGAUCACUUGGAUCUGAAACUGAUCUCUGGAUAUGGAGUGAGAAUGGCCAACGCUCCUCAUGCUGUGUGCAGCAGCACAGCGGAUAUUGGCAUGGCUCUUUUGCUAACAGCUGCAAGAAGAAUAGUUGAAGGGUAUCAAAUUGCUGUUUCCCCCGAUACUAAAUAUUUCUCAAGUAAUUGGCUAGGCGAUGAUGUCACCGGUGCGACUCUGGGCAUCAUUGGAAUGGGCAGCAUUGGCUACAAAAUUGCUCAAAGAGCUAAAGCUUUUGAGAUGAAAAUUCUUUAUCACAACAGGAACAGGAGGAAGGAAGAUGAAGAACGACUUGUGGGUGCCUGCUUUUGUCCUAAAAUAGAAGACUUGCUCCAGGAGUCUGACUUUGUCAUGGUGGUGGUCAGUCUAACACCUCAGACGUACAGACUGAUUGGGAAGAAGGAGCUGGAGCUGAUGAAGCCCACAGCUACUCUCAUAAACAUAUCUAGAGGUCCAGUCAUAGACCAAGACAUGCUUGUGAAAGCCCUUCAAACUGGUAAUAUUAAGGGUGCAGUCAUGGAUGUGACUUAUCCUGAACCAUUGCCCAGAGAUCAUCCGCUAUUAAAAUUAAAGAAUGUUAUCAUAACACCUCACCUUGGUGCCAGGACAACAAAAACUAUCUUUAUGAUAACAAAGGAAGCAGUAGCAAAUAUACUGGCUGUUCUUAAUGGUCUCCCAAUGCCCAGUGAAGUGCUCCCUGGUUAAGCAUGCUGGACAUCAUCACCCAUAAUAUAAAUUUAUCUUAUAUUUUUCCUAGUAUAAUAAGGAUAGUGAUUAAAUAUUGAUCUCACAUAUAUAAAUGUGGUUUUAAGUGUAUAUUGUUAAGGCAUCAAAUGGCUGCCUGGUUGUAAGCCACCUUGAGUCACCUUCAGAUUCGAAAAAGGCGGGA